AGGGUAACUUUCAACAAAAAAAUUGAAACAAGAUUGAUAUAAUUAUUUAGUCUUAAAACUAAAAACUUCCGCGGACGAGAAAGAGCUGCAGUGCUUGAUAGAGUUGCCAGAAGCAAUGGAGAACGGAGUGAUCGUGGAGCUUCAAAGAAACUCAAGCAAGUGGGCUAUGGUUGUAGGAGAAAUUGUGAAGAUGGAGAGAAAAAUAUUCCCAAAACACGAAUCUCUUGCUAGCUCUUUUGACGAUGAACUGAAAAAGAAGAAUUCGGGGUUGCUUUACUCGGAACUGGACGGACAAGUCGUAGGUUAUGUCAUGUAUUCUUGGCCGUCUUCUUUGUUUGCUUCUAUCACAAAGCUUGCAGUGAAGGAGAAUUAUAGAAGGCAAAGCCACGGAGAGGCAUUGCUAAAAGCAGCAAUUGAGAAGUGUAGAUCACGAAAGGUCAAUCGCAUAUCACUACAUGUUGAUCCUUUGAGGGCUCCAGCAAUGAGUCUGUACAAGAAGCUUGGCUUUCAAGUUGAUGAUUUGAUUCAAGGCUACUACUCUCCCGACCGAAAUGCCUAUAGAAUGUAUUUGGAAUUUGAUUCAGAUUAGAGGAAACUAGGAGCUUCAAAUUUGAACCAAAAACUUUUAUUCUAUAGUUAAUUGGGUUCAAUGAAUUAAAAAAAAAAAAAAAUUCUGACAUUUUUGGAUUAA